AAAAACUCACUUCCCAAGUAUCGUGUCCCAACAACACUUUCGUUUCAAAUUCAAAUUUCUUCUUUGUCUAUCCCAUCUUACUAUUUAUAUACUUAUAUAUGUCAUCAACCACCAAUCUACUUGUUUAAAUAUUUUCUUCUGUAUUUACUCUUCAACUUUCUUUUUAAGAUGUCGAAUUCAAAAAAGGAUACGAUACCCCGUCAAGCUUCGUACAAUGCCCUCUAUGACAACCCGCUUACCGAGCUUAAUCCCAAUCGCAGCUCCAACCGUCGUGUUUUGGGGGAAAAUAAUAAUGGUCAAGAUGUUGUCAACAAGUUAUCUGAUGAUAAGGAGAAUUCGGAUAACAAAAAGAGUGAAGAUAAGGAAAAUGUGGAUUGUAAUGUACUUGGGUCUGAACAAGCACCAAUGGCGAAGUCGUGUUUAAAAGAUAAGGCUUGGAAGCCGUCUUCGUUGCAGCUGUGUAUGCAGUUGAAUGACCUGAAUCCAAAAGUGGGUUUGGAUUGUUAUGAACCUGUUAAUUCGAGCAAAAACAAUUCGGGGAAUAUUUGGGAUCAUUCGGAUUCCGAAGCUGCACCGGCUUCCUCAUGGUCUACCCUUCCUAACAGGUCUUUAUUGUGCAGACCUUUGCCGGUGGACAUCGGAAGGUGUACUUGUAUUAUUGUGAAGGAAAAAGCAAAAGACGGGCUAACCGGGGGAAGUGUCUACACUCUCUACACCAAUGAAGGUCAAGGAAGGCAAAAUCGGAAACUUGCAGUGGCUUAUCAUAGACGUCAUAGCGGAAGAUCUGAGUUCAUAGUUGCUCAAAAUACAAAAGGCAUUUUAUGUUGUGCAGAUGACAGUUAUGUAGGGAGUGUAACUUGUAAUCUCAUGGGUUCCAAGUACCAUAUAUGGGAUCAGGGACGACGGCUUAAUCCAAUGACGAAACAGUCCAAGCUUCUAGCAUUAGUAACAUUUGUGCCAACAAUAGCAACUUGGACAGGAAGUUACAGGAGCAUGAAGGUCUGGCUUCCGAAACACCAGUCUAUGCAAUUGAAGAAUACAGCUCAGGCACAACACAUAAAUGGACUACCUAAUGAUUGGGAAGAAAGAAUGGACAGAGUACAUCAGUUGUUCUCAAAAGUUCCACACUACAACAAUACUUCAAAGCAAUAUGAGUUGGAUUUCAGAAAAAGGGGGAAAACCGGUCUUAAAAUACAGAGUUCAGCCAAGAAUUUCCAGUUGACCAUGGAGAAAAAUGGAAAGCAAACUAUUUUGCAGCUUGGUAGAGUCGGGAAGACCAAGUAUGUGAUGGACUACAGAUAUCCACUAACGGGUUACCAAGCAUUCAGUAUAUGUUUGGCUUCCAUUGAUUCAAAGCUUUGCUGCACAAUGUGAUCAUGGCUUAAACAAGUACUUGAUAUUGCUAUGAAAUUGAUCAAACUUCUAGUUAUGAAUCUCUAUAUAUCAUUUCUCAUGAUGUACCUCAUUUUCAAAAAGUUUCUAGAGGCAAUGAAUUAUGCAUCUAUGUGAAUGUAUUAUUGUGAUGCUAGAGGCAAAAAGUUACUUGCUUUGCUCGCUUAAAAUUACUUAUUUUGGAGCACAUA